CCCAGCCUCCAUAUAAGCCUGUCAGCAGCGGCUGCUUCUCUGUCAGGGUUGGGUUCCUGGUCUUCCCUGGCAACAAGCCCAUCAUCUCUUGGUCACAGAGCGUUUUGUUUUUGUCACAGUCUGGUGGUGUGACUUGGCUCCCCAGGGGGGUCCUGUCCAGCCUGCGACCACCCAUCAGCCCCACCCUUCACUACCCCCCAGUCAGACGUUUCUGAAUUAUGGAUUAGUCUGGAUAGCUUCUUAUGAAAUAUGAAUUUUCCAAAGGAGGACCUUGAACAACACAAACACCUCUAACCUCGAUAACCUUUAAUGGGAGCAUCCAUGUGUGACUAACACACUGAACCAGAAACUUACUUGACAAGUGGAGCGGAAACAUUUGGAAACUUCACAAGCAGUUUAUCUACUUUUUAUAUUCUAAGAAUGUACGAAUCACACGGGUAGUUUUUAAUCAAUGUAAAGUGUUUUAAAGAGUAUAUCCAACCUUGGAGGGCAGCUCGUGGGAGACAACAGGGAGGAGAGGGGAUGUGCGCACACCUCCUCCCCUCCUCUCCUCAUCUCCUCUCCUCAUCUCCUCUCCUCUCCUCUCCACACACGGUGCUGACAGCAGAGGAGUGUUCAUCAUGAACUGCCCGUGAGAUUCAGCAGCAGCAUUCAGUCAGACGCAGUUUGUUAAAUGGAGGUUUCGUGUUUUCUUCCCAUUUGGACCGCAGCUAUCUGAGCCGCGACGCGCACGGAGAGCCGGUGAAGACAUCACAGAGGAGAGACGGGAGGGACGCGCAGCCAGCAGCACGCACCGAGGACCGAGCUGCCUGAGACAUGGGGUGUAGGCUUCCGAAGCUGAGGAAGGCAGAGGAGAGGCGAAGCCCAGGCAAUAUCUACUCCACCCUUCGUCGGCCUCAGGUGGAGACUAAAGUGGGCGUGGCCUACACCUACCACUUCCUGGAUUUCCUGCUGGGGAAAGAAGAGGUGCCGGUGUCGUCAGUGCUUUGUCUCUCCUCGGUGAGAGAGCUACCAGUUCAGGUCAGGGAACUCUACGCGCAGGGCUUUGUCCUGGUCGCCGUCCACCCGUUCGUCCACUCCUGCGGCCCUCGGCACGCACACAUCCAGCGCCAGCUCCACCGGGCCGUGCUGGUCCGAGAGACGCCAAGUUCAGAGAAAAGCCAGCUGAGGUGGGGAAGGCAACGUCUGGAGACAGAUGUGUGUGUGGCGGGUCACCAGACUGCUGACCCUGAGGUGAUCCAGAGCUACGUCAAGAGGAUCCAGGAUGUAGCAGAGCAAGGGGUGAUGUUUGUGGGCUUUCUCCAGCAGCCGGGCGGAGGACCCUGCUUCUUGGGCCAGUGGGACCCUGAAGAGUUGUCCUCCUUACAUUCAAGCCCUUCACCCAUACACCGACACCCUUUCAGCACCAACACCAGCCCAACAGAUCCUGCAGAGGCAUACCAUAACGACGUAGAACCAGAUCAUCACCCCUUUCAACCUCACGAAGACGCAGAACAAAACAAGCCUUUGCUGCCACGAGAACCGGACUUCAGCCCCCUGAAACCCAUCCAGAGUUUAGUGCUCAACCAGGAAGAGUCCAAUGAGCAAAUCCAGACCUUACACAUCAGCCUCAAAGAGUCACUAGAGUCUCCAAACCAACCUCAAGAUCGCAGCAAACCCAGUGUAGAUACAGUUCAGUGGUGUCAAAAUCAGAACCAAGCAGGCGUCCAGGUGAACCCGCUGUGUCCCAGCCCAGCAGAAGCUGCAGGAGUAACAAGGCAGCCGAAGGGCCAGCUGCCAGACCUCAAACAUUUUAACCUUUCUCACCAGAGAGACGGACAAAGUUCCAGCUCGGACAGCUGGCUCAGCUCUCCUGAGCUGGAUCGGAACCAUGAAAGAAAGUCCAGCUCCACCUGUACAGAUGGGCAAAGCAGAGUGACGACACAUAACAACAACCACAUCCGGCUCAAGAGUUCUGAGAAAGAUAAGAAUUCAUCUUCACCACCAGCGCGGGCUAGGAUGCAGCUGUUCGCCUUGUACAACCACACAGAGGAGAUCAACACCUCUCUGAGGUUCUACUCGCUCAGGGUGCCGCUGCAGGUCCAAAGGGAAGCGGGUCUGAUCACAGAGGUUGACACACACUGGCUCGACCACAUGACCCAGCACUUCACCAGCGGCGCGCACCUCAUCGACGGGUUUUUCUACGUUGAAGACGAAAACGACAGCGGCGUUUCAUCUGUGGAUAGUGUGUUCAUCUUCCAGAGCUCUGCAGAGGAGACGACAAACGCCUCCUACGACGCCAUCGUGGUUGAGCAGUGGACCGUUGUUGAUGGUGUCGUGGUGAAGGCGGACUACAUCCCCUUGCUCCAGUCUCUGGCUCCGUAUGGAUGGAGGCUGAUGUGUGUGUUGCCAACACCGAUUGUCAAAACCAACAGUGACGGGAGUUUGUCGACUAAGCAAAUCCUCUUCCUUCAGAGACCUGUUUUGCAGCGCAAGAGAAAAGACUUCAAGAUGUUGAACCUCAGGAGUCGCAGCAAGGCAAAGAAGAAAUCUUCCGGAGAGGACGAGAGAGAGAACACGUCCCCUGUGAUGGAGACGGAGAUGGACAGGUUAACAAGAACCUCAAAAGAGGAGGAAGAGGAAGAAGAGCCACUGAGGAGGAAGAGCAGGGACAGCGGAAGGAGCGAAGGAGCGAGCCCUGAGCCAGGAGAAGAGGAGGACGACGAAGAGGACGCUCUGCAUCAAAGGGGCUACUUGUUCCUAUCGGGGAGCAGGGUGUCUGUUGAAGAGCAGGAAGAGGAAACCGACGUUGACGCCGUCCCAGCGUUCAGGCAGGAGAAGUCUGUGAGAUGGACGGAUGUGUGUCAGAGGGAUGACAGAGGACGGGUCAAGGAGGAGGUGAAGACGGAAGAGCGGAUCAAACAGCAGCUGUUUUCUGGCGUCUGUUGACACAUUGGGCACAGAGCAGGCGAGAGUGAGCCGAGGCCUUCUCCGUUCAUUUGAAAUGCCUGUUAAAGUAACAUCGUGUUGAUCUGGAGCCCAGAUGUAGUCGGUCGCAGCGUUACCUUUGCUUCGGUCUGCUCUGACUCUCUUUAGUCUUUGAGGUUGUAGCUCCCACAAAUGGGAAAGUGUUGUGCAGUUCUCUGCUUCGGGUCAGUGUUGCUAUUUGAUGUAUCUUAUAUGAAACGGUACACGACCGAGCGCAAGUCUCCCGUCCAAGCCUUAAGUAUUAUUUUCUUGCCCAUUGUUGUAUUUUAAUACUUUCUUGUAAUAGGACUGUUAAGAAGGGAGUUCUGAUUUCACUGGGCUCGCUGUAUUUUUAUAUGUAAAGUAUAUAAUUUAAGAUAGAACCAAGAGAAGGAACAAGUCAACAAAGUGUAGUGUGCUGCUGUAGAACCUGAUGGAUGGAUCGCAUUGGCCAGUUUCAGCUUAUCACACAUACAAUAUGUAUUUCAGUAUUGGUUUAAAUGUUUAAAUGGCUGAUAAUUAAAAAGAAUUAGCAGUACAGAAAAAAGGUUAUUUAGAAAGUUCGUUUUUUUUGCAUACUGUAGUUAAUUCCCCGCAGAGUUUAUUUCUAAAGUUCUCAAAUGUUUUACUCGAAACUCAUCUUUGUUACAACUUAAAGCUGCUGUAAGUGUUUUUUUUCUAUCAAAGUAAGUGUUAAAUGGCUCUAUAUUCCAUCAAUAAUCACUGUUAGUGUUUGGUUAGUUACCCUUGUCUCUCCUCCUGCCGCUCAUGCAGUAAAAGAGAAUAAAUGCCUGCCUACUUGAUCCACUCAGGACACAGAACUCCGUAACGAGGCGGUCCCGUCUCUUCUUGAAUAUGCAGAGCUCAGGAUCCGCUUGUUUGCUGCUUUGUCUCGCCAUCACGGCUACACAUUCAUGUGGUGACGUAGAGAGGAGGGAGGACAGGAAGUCUGCUAAAACCGACAGCACUCAGAGCAGCUUUCACUAGAAGAAUCUCGCUAGUUUGGGUUUGAUUUGGCCAGAUUUCAGGUAGCCAUCUGACUCUUCUUCACCUCAGUACAACGGAGGUGUGAGAAACUGUGUUUGUGGCGUUGCCUACAAAAAAGAAAAUCUUUUCCCAGAGUCAAAAUCACAGAUAUUCAAAAUCAGGGGCAACCAAAUCAAAACUGAAGCUUUAUGGUGGGCCACGGGUCAAAAGCAAACAGUUGGAUGUUGAAAUGCAAAAUGCUACUCAGAUGCAAGUUCCAUGAACUGACUGACAUGUCACUGUGCCCGUCAUGCUCAGACUACGAAAAAUAAUUAACAAUUAGGGAUCCUACACAGUGUAAAAAGCAUUUUUACUUCUUUUUAUUAUUUUUUUCCUGGGAACAUCUACUGGGUCAAACUGAACGAUAUGGCAGGCUGACUGAGCAGCUAGAUAAUCCACAGAACUCACAGUCACAGUUUUCUUAGGGACGAUUUCUUCAGCAGAAAACGUUCCUAUGGAAACUGACAACGGUGAGGUCUAUUAUUCAGAGUAAGUGGGACAUUGCUUCUCGAAAGACACAUUAUGUCCAUUCAUCUCCUGUGUAAUGGACCUGAUUGAAUCAAACCUCAGUAGUCUGCUUGGUUAGAUACGAGGGGCAGGUGAAAAAAUGCUUCUUGUAAUUUCCUUUUCAGAAAAUGUGUAAAUUAGAAAUCAACUAUUUAUUACUUAUUCCCUGGACCACCUCCUUGUGUUGUGUGUAAGUAGUGCGACAUGUAAGUCUUUAUAUGAAGGCAGAGGUCAAUAAAGUGUUUGAAAACA